UUUUCCUGCCUGUUUUUCUCUCUGAGAUUCUCUAGAGAUCUGGCCUCCUUGUCAGGCUGCUGGGGAGAAUUUAUCAUUAAAACAAUUAUGUUUAAUUAGAAGUUUAAUUGCAAAUUGCAGAGAGAGAGUGAUCUGGUGGGGGGUGGGGACAUAUGUCUGCUAGUCAGUGAUCUCUAACCAGUAUGGGGAGAGGGGCUGCACAGGGGGACACCAUCAUGCUGCAGAGCUCAGCCUUUCCAGGAUUCCCAAUCAACCACCUGCCUGAGCCCAGCCCCGGCACACCUGUGACCCCCGAAGUGCAGAGGGGCCCCAAGCUCUCCUUCAACAUUGACUCCAUCCUCUCCAAGGUGGACAGACCGAAUCCCACCAGGCCUCCGAUGGACAGGAGCUGGCAGGCUCCCCCUUCUCCUCCUGCACCCUAUGGCUAUUCCUACGGAGUCAUGCCCUAUCCUCCAAUGUGGAUCUACAACCCGUCAACUGGCUACAGCAACCUAAUACAACCGCAGCCCCCCCAAAUCAGAGCGCCCAGAAACGACUGCCUGUGUGCCGAUCCCUUCUGCAAGGAUAAGGGACUUGCAUACACCCACAGCUCCAUCAAUAACCUGUCUUGGAGGACUGGACCCUGCAAGAUGAAGAGGAUCAGGACUGUUUUCACUCCCGAACAGCUAGAGAAGCUGGAGAAAGAAUUUCUGAAGCAGCAGUACAUGGUUGGCACAGAAAGGGUUGACCUAGCAGCUACUCUGAACCUCUCAGAGACUCAGGUUAAGGUUUGGUUCCAGAAUCGGCGUAUCAAAUGGAGGAAACAGAGCUUGGAACAGAAGAAAGCCAAGUUGUCUCAGUUUGGUGUCAUCUAUCCCGACAACUCCAACUCCAACUCCAACCACACAGACGAAAGAGAGGACUAUGUUGACGUUGAACUCUAAAGACUUGAUGUCUGUUGACCACUAGAACUUCUGACUUGUCCAGUUUGUUCAACUAGG